AUGGCAGACUACGUUAGUUUUGACGGAGUUUGCUAUAAGGACUUCGUUUCGUUGAGGACCUACGACGAGGCUAGACAGAGGUGUGCUGUAGACGGCGGACUACUAGCCAUGCCGACAGACGAUGCGACCAACACUUUCAUCGCAGGUCUCAGGGACGGACUGCGCUGGUUUGGACUGACUGAUGAAGUCACCGAAGGCGUCUGGGUGUUUGAGGACGGGCGGCCACUGACGUCAACAGGCUACUCAAGCUGGGCACAGGGGGAACCGAAUGAUCAUCUUGUAUCUCAUCAAACGGAAGACUGUGCUGUCUACUCGGUGACUGAAGACGGAUCCGUGUGGUUUGAUAUACCAUGCAGCCGCGAUUAUGGAUUCAUCUGUCAAGAAGAACUUUACGUUGCUUCAUCAAUAUACAUCACAGGUGUGGGAUUUCUUUCAGAGAAACAUGGGAACAUAUCUAUCAGCUUAGAGUACUCUCUGUCCUGGGUGGAUGGACGCCUGGCGGGCCUGACAGAAUCGUGGGUUCCUGUUCCCUCCAACUCCAUCUGGUCUCCGCCGGUUGCGUUCGGACGUUCGGUUCGCCGGGCCAUCGCUACCAGCGAGGGGGAGAACUGGAUGUGGUUCGACCCACGCGGACUGGUUGUCCUGAAGAUAAGCCGCCAGCUCUCAGUGAACUGUGUAACACACCUGGCAAUGUACCCACUCGACACACAAGUGUGCACUGUGGCUUUGCACGGAUACAAUGGAGUGAAGCUACGCCUUCAACCAUCUGCAAACAUCAACGCUGCACCCGUGAAGAGUGACGCUACAGGAGUGGUGUCACAGUUCACUCUCGUAGGAGUGGAGGCGCGUACCAUGGUCCAGUCCUUCGUCAACACAGGCUGCAUUUCCUUCGAGCAGAUGUGUGACUAUCAUUCUGAGCCAUGCAUGACGUCACUUCCGGACUGUACCAAAGAGACGUGUGGGGACUGUAGCACCAUUGUUGGAAAAUGUUCUCAUAAACUUCACUUUUGUGACGAUAAUUUCAACGAUACGGAUUCCUUCAACGUGUUGGAAGUUCACAUCCACAUGCGAAGGAUACUCUGGCGGUACGUUUUGAAUGCUUACUUUCCGUCCGUCGUCAUCGUCGCGUCAUCCUAUCUUCAAACAUGGCUGCCGGUGACGCAGUGUGACGUCACAGCCCGGGUCACCCUGGGAGCUAUGGCCAUCCUUUCUUUGAUCAAGCAAUGGGAAGAAACUGAACGAAUGCCUUGGGUGGAAGAACCGAGGGCAAUCGACGUUUGGAUGUUGGGAUGUCUGGCGUUUGUGAUCGCCUUUCUUCUGGAGACCAGUGUGAUGCACUUCGUCUCUUCAUACAUUCAGGAGAAGGAACAGCAAGCGAUCCGAUCAGAACAGCGAGCGAGAGAACUCAACCCGCCUCUCCAGAUACCGCGGCCAGGGUUGAGGGAUCCCACAUCAGGUUCCAACACGACCAGACCGCAGCCUCCUAACACUACCAGCACAAGGCCGCAGCCUCGUAACGCUGCAACUGCAGGGGAGCCUGUGUACAUUCCUCGGGCACGAAUGCACACCCCCGGCUAUCUCAGAUGGCACCAGGUUAAGGACAAGGAAUGGGUCGUCGUCAUCAAAUCUGAGAAGAAUACCCAGAAUAAUGCCGCCGCCCCUGAGGCGUCGCCAAAAACCAACGGUGAUGGUGUAGCAAAUAACCACAGUAAAAAGAGUGAAGAGGAUGCGGUUGUGUCGUACACACCUGAUCCGUUGAUGGUGAAUUCCGCCUACGAUCGCGUUGAGUUCAAUGCUCGGGCGUUCGAGCCGAGUGCAAAGGACAGGGCGGACCGUUUGGCAACGAAAAUCGACAGUUUCGCCAGAGUUGUUUUCCCACUGGGCUUCGUCAUAUUCAAUGCUGCAUAUUGGGGUACAUACAGACAUGGAAAUAUGGAGAAUAUUUACGUGGGCUUCUUUUGUAAGGUGUUCCUGUGUCUCUGCGUGUUUGCGCUUACAGCCUCCACCAUAUGCACCAAUGACUACAUGGAACUGGCGAUUCCUGAGGAAGAACUGACCGACAUCGACCAAAACAACCUUCACUGGGAGCCUGACCAGAACUGUGGCGCCACAACUAACGGUACUCACUACCUGUUCCGUACUGACCUGUACGGCUGUGGUACACAGGUGGCCUUCGACCCGACGUCCGUCAUCUUUCUGAACACCAUCAACAUCCGGGGUAGCCAUGAGCCAGAUGACGUCAUCACCCGCAAGGGCGACAUCAGGAUUACUUCUAAGUGCGAGUACGAGCGCCAGCGAUGGGUGUACGCCACAUUCUUACCCAUCCCUGGCGGCCUGAACUUCACUGAGGAGGGUUUCGGACAGCUGAAGAUUCUCUUCACCAUGUUCCCCACCCGGCAGUACCAGACUCCGUACCAGGCCGACGAGUUUCCCGUCCACAGGAACCUGGGAGAACAAAUCUACCUGCAGCUGAAGGUGGAGGGACACGGACAGGAACUUUCCGUCCUGGCGCUGAACUGCAAGGCCACUAUGUCACCGGAACCCAACGACACCCUACAGUAUCAACUCAUCAACGAAGGCUGUGCUUCUGACCAGACCGUGGAUAUCUACAGUAUCGAGGACCCCGCCGUCGAACAGUUCAGUUUUGAGGCGUUCCGGUUCAUCCAGGAGGUGAAGAUGGUGUACGUGCACUGUGAGGUGAUGGUCUGUGACGCCGCCGAUCCUGGCUCACGAUGUGCUCAGGGUUGUGUCACGAGACGCAAAAGGGCCUCAGACGAGAAGGUGGACAUGAUCGGACGUCACAUGAUCUACCUGGGACCAAUCAUUUUGGAUGAAGAGGAAUCAGGUAUUUCUCCCAGCAGUGCUUCCCGUGCCAUGCUGGCGGCAGGAGGCGGGCUGAUGGCGGCCUCUGUGGUCGUCACGGGAUCCGUCAUCCUGGCGAAGCGGCUCGGCUUCACGUGCGGCCGGCUGGGCUACCAGGGGCUGUCCGGAUGA